UUCAACCACAGAAGAUGCUGUCUUGAAGAUUCAAGGCAGAAACACAAGCAUUUCCUUGUUUGCUGCCAACGACUGUCGUGUAUUGACUUUCAAACUUUGCUUUGAUACCAAUUCAAAGAAUGCUCUUUCCAAGGCACGCCAUAUGUUUGAUGCUUUCAUGGAUAGUCGCUCUGUCCCUGUAGAUGAUACUUUACAUAACAAUACUUUUAACGGCUCUCCUAGUCCCGAAGAUAUACGUCACAUCAGUCCUUCUGUGAUGCAUCACAUCGAUCACCCUGAAUCAUGUAUGUAAAACAAAAAAAAAAUAUUACGCACGCACGCACACGCACACACAUACGCAUGCACACAUUUAAUUUCCCUAUUAGUAACUGACUCUCUUUUUAUAGAUGAAGGUGGUCAUACCAAAAAUAACAAUGUAACGGAAUUAAUGGAACCUCGUCGUAGUAAUAAUCCUCAUUUCUUUCAACAAACCCCUAAAAAGUCUUUGUCGCAUUCCAAGCAAGAUGCCAUUCAUUUCUUUGGUAACUCCAAGAGAAAUUUCGAGCAACCUUCCAACGACGAAUUCAAUGUUUGGUCCGAAAAUCCUAUUAGCCAUGAGAGUCAAAAGAAUAUGAGUAACUUUGAAUCACAUAAUGAUAUGAGUUUUCGUGCGAGAUCAAGCAGAAAUACUGGGACUUACGAAGGGUCUAAAUCACAACAAUUUUACUACCCACGACCCGAGUUGAAGCCCAACUUUUCGACUUCUUCUGCCAGUAACCGAUUUGCGAAUAAUACGACGAACGAUUUAAACUAUAACAUGAACAAUAAUUAUUACCAAAUUGGUCAGCAUGGAGACUACCUUCCUUCGCCUUCUUCCUCUACAUCUGGAAGCGAUAAUCCAUUUGCCCCCAUUGGUUACUCGAGACAAAGAAGUACCUCCUUAUUACCCACGAUUGGAAGUCAUCAUAUCAGCACCAGUAGCCAUCUUGUUAAUAAUAAUGAAAUGAAGAACACAAAUUCAUUCAGUGCCUAUCCUUUGUAUGUACCUUCUUCUUCCAGAGUCAGCGUUGCCACCCCUAAUGAUUAUUAUAUGAUGAAUUCCCGAUUAUAUCCUCUAGAAAGCAGAAAAAACCCCUCUAGCUCACUCAGCACACCAAUCCCUGUCGCCGUCAAUAGCAAUACUGAUAACUCGAUGCCAAAUAAUACUCAACGAUUCAAUUUUUAUUGAAUGAUAUAAUAUACCCAACAAUAUCUAUUUUAUAUACCUUUUGAAACAAAACAAACAAAAAAACACGACAUUUUCUUUUUUUUUUAAAAAACAAAAAAAAACAAAAAAAAAAUAUAUAUAUA